AUGCAUUUAAUGCCUGAAGACAAGCUUUUUCCUUUUGAAAAUUGGCGCGAUAUAAUAUUUCUACUUAUAUUUUUUUUAUUUGACCUUUUUUAUCUAUCUAUCUAUCUAUCUAUCUAUCUAUCUAUCUAUCUAUCUAAAUUUUCAUUCCUUCUCUCUCUCUUUCUCUCUCUCUCUUUCUCUCUCUCUCUCUCUCUCUCUCUACGCCUCUCUUUUCCGUCUUUUUUUUCUUUUCUUUAUUCUACUAUAUUUCUCUUUCUUUACUCAUCCUCUCUUUUUUUCUUUCUCUGUGUGUAUAUUCCUUUUCUUACACUUUUCUUACAUCCUCUUUGUUUAUUCUCUCUUUUCUCUUUCUUCAUUCCCUUUCUUUCUCUUUUUCUCUUUCCUUAUUUCUCAUUACUCUUUCUUAUUUUGUUUUCUCAUUUUAAUCUCACCCCGUCGUUCUUCUUGUCUUUCUUUUUCUUUACUCUUCUCUUCUUUUAUCUUCUCUUUCUCUUUUAUUCUCUCUUUGUUAUCCCUCCCUUUCUUUAUUCCAUCGCAUUCUCUUCUUUGUUUUUUUUUCCUUAUUUCUUAUAUGUCUUAAAAACUUCCUUUUCAUUCUCUCUUUCUUUCGUUUUUCGCUGGUUUUUUCCCCACCCAUUCUGUCUUUCUCUUCACAUCCCAUCUUUCUUUUUUCGCCCUGUUUAUAUUCCUUCUUUUCACUUUUCUUACUUACUUUUUUGUUUCUUCUCUGUCUUCUUUUUUCUCUUUCUUCUCUCUUUUCCUUACUCCUUAUUUUUCGUCACCCUCUUUCUUUCUUCGUCUUCCCAUUGUAAUUCAUUCUCUCUCUCUCUCUCUCUCACUCUCCCUUUUAUUGGUUAUUCACUGUCUCAGUCAUUAUCAUUUUUCUUUGUUUUGCUGUUCUUCCUAUCUCUCUAUCUAUCUAUCUAUUUAUCUAUCUAUAAUAUACAUACAUAUUAA